AUGACGAUACGACUGCAUACUGAGGCCUGCUUGUAUGUGCAAAAUGCCAACGCGUGGGAUCCUGGUGGACGUCCACGUCCAAAGCAUAUCAAAUCAAUCUUUGCUCUGCUGCGCGAAGGCGACUACCGGUACCCUAUCUCUGUCGACAAUGGUGGUGUUUGCGCAUCUGACGCUGCUGGCAAGAUAGUAGCGCUAGGCUACAAAGCUAGGAAUUUCAACGUUAGCGAUCGAGUUGCGCCGACUAGUGCGAAGUACCAUCAACUUGGAGCUAUGACAUGCCGAGAGGAAUGUCUCGAGUGGCUUUCCAGCAUAUACGGUCCAACAUUCAACGAAUCUUCGUGUAAAAGGAUCAACAGCGUUGCGCAGCCUCAUCACAGCGACUCCAAGACUGCGAGCCUGUCGUGGCGCGCCCACCAAGCCCAAACUAGCAAUGGACUUGUCUACGGAGCAUACCGAGCGCGUUCGUAUGUCGUUGCUUGCAUGAGAGGCUCGGCGCACCGUGAUACACAUGCAAACCCGCCGACUUUUAUUCAGAAAGAGCACUGGCGAUAUCAGAGCAUGAGAAAAGCUGAGCUCGAAAACAAUCCUGAUGUCUUCGACCUGAGCAGACGUGAUGACUUCACACCUGAACAGAAAGAUAUCUGGCGCUCAGCCGGUGCUAUCCCCGCUUCACGCAUCGAAGCUGCAUGCCAAGCCUACGCAGGCGGACGACCGCUGUCUACGCCUGUGGUCGAUAUGCCAAUCUUUGAACAUCGGGACUUUCCAGGGCUUCAGGUCGUACCCGGAAUUUUGCCUCCAGAGACUCAAGUCCUUUUCACGUCCUGCCUGAUGCAUCGAGACCUUGCGGACCCAAGUCAUAAGAUCAACCUGCAAGCAGAUUUCGAUAUUCGGUAUCCACCAAAACCGACUUCAGAGCCGCUCCGAUUCGACAACAGCUUCUUCCUGCGUGACAGAUCUGCCGCAGAGGACGUACUAGCGCCGAAGGUCCCAGAUAAGCAGAAGCCGCUCAACAACGAGCAAUUUUUGUACACAAAGCUACGAUGGCUUACUCUUGGUGAACAGUACGAUUGGCCGACAAGAAGCUACGCAAAGCAUACGACGCCGUUCCCAGGCGACCUAUCAAACCUCGUGACGGGCCUGUUUCCACAUAUCUACCCGGAGUCUGGUGUCGUGCUCGUGUACGGCGCAAAGGACUUCAUGCCGGUCCAUCGCGACGUCAGCGAGCAAUGUCAACGUGCGCUUGCCAGUUUCAGUGUUGGAUGCGAUGGCAUCUUCAUCAUGGCUAAAGGAGAGGAUGACGGGGAAGGAGAAAGCAUGCCACGGACUGUCGCAAUCAGGGUUCGAAGUGGCGAUUGCGUACACCUCACCGGUAACGCAAGAUGGGCUUGGCAUGCAAUGGCGAGGACCAUAACAAACACUUGUCCUUCUUUUCUCGCCAAGUGGCCGGUGGGUACUCCCGGUGCGACCGCAGCAGAGGAGAAGGCUUUCAAGAAGUGGAGGGGCUACAUGGGUACGAAACGCAUCAACGUCAGCUGUCGCCAGGUUUGGGACUGA